AUGGUUAAUGCCUGUCCAACAUUUCUAGCUAAGCAUCCUGCUUAUCUCCGUUACGUUCGUGAAGUUGCUUCUGGGGAACUUGUGAUGCCGAAAUAUGAAAGGGAUGAGGAUGACCGUGUGAUUAUCCAAGUUGGCGCGCAAUAUUGUCGUUAUCCAGGGUGCAGGGUCAGCAAUCACCCUUUCCUGACUGGAAACUUGAAGAAGCAUGUUACCUGCCACAGUGAAGAUUUGCAAGUGGCCGAUGGAAUUAUCGGUCGGAUCAGUUAUAUUGAACAAGAGAAAGUUCGAGCUUGGUACAAUUAUCCUUUUGCUUUGGUCCCUGAUCGGGCCCCGGCCUCAACCUUCCCCUCGGUCACGAAUUCCAAUCGCACUUCCAAUCGCACUUCCAGCCGAAAGACCGACCUCAAUUUCAAUUGA